AUGGGGCUGCUUGAUGGGCUGCUGCGAGGCAGCCUGAGCAAGCCCCUUGUGGCAAAUGUUCAUACGAUGGAUGCUGAUUUGGAGAGUAUUCAAAUUGAGCCCGACUGCACCGGCCGUCACCUCUUCGACCAAGUUUGCCGUAUCAUUGGCCUUCGCGAAAUUUGGUUCUUCGGCCUCGAAUAUACCAACAAAAAGGGAAUUUCAUGCUGGCUCCAAAUGGAAAAGAAGAUCUCCAAACAAGAUAUCCCUCGUUCCACCGAUGGCCAUGUGCAACUAUUUUUCGUCGUCAAAUUUUACCCAGAAGAUGUGGAGGAGGAGCUGAUACAGGAUCUCACUCGGCAUCUAUUUUUCAUGCAAAUUAAACAGUCUAUACUAUCCCAUAAGCUCUAUUGCACCCCAGAAGCAGCGGUGUUAUUGGCAAGUUAUGCGGUACAGGCUAUGUAUGGAGAUUGGAAUGAGACGAUUGAAGAACAGCUUGACAUCAAAAAACAGCUACCAACCGAUGUAAUCUCAAAAUAUGAGAUGACGGCUGAUAUGUGGCAAGAAAAGAUUCGAAGAUGGUGGAAUGGAAAUAGUGGAAUGAGUCGGGAAGAUGCUGAAAUGGAAUACUUGCGUGUUGCCCAAGACCUUGAAAUGUACGGCAUACAGUAUUAUGCAAUUUAUAACAAAAAAGAAACGGACCUCGAGCUCGGCGUGUCCGCCCAAGGCAUCGGAAUCUACAAGGAAAAUAACAAAGUGACCCCACGCCCCUUUUUCAGCUGGAGCGAAAUCAAAAACAUCUCCUUCAAAAAUAAGCAGUUUAAUAUGAAGACUGUGGACAAAUCGACAAUUUCUUUCCAAGCCAAAUAUCAUUCGAUCAACCUGUCGAUACUGGAUUUGUGUAUUGGUACCCAUAACCUUUAUCUACGAAGACGACAGAGGGAUACUUUGGAAGUUCAACAAAUGAAGGUCCAGGCGAGAGAUGAAAGGAUUAGGAAACAGGAAGAACAAUCCCGAUUCCAAAGAGAAAAAGAAGAACGUGUACAGAUUGAAAAUGAGAAAAGUGGGCUGCAAAUGCGUUUCGAAACCCUUGAAAAGCAGCUGCAAGCAACAAAGGACCAUGCUCGCACUGUCGAUGAACAGAUCGAAUUAUUGGCAAGUAAGGCACAGCAUGCUGAAGAAGAAUUGAGGGCGGCUACCAAGCGGGCAGAAGAAGCCGAACUUGAAGCACAACGUCAACGAAUCAGCCACCAGAAGAGCGAGGGCAUGCGUCGAAUUUUGGAGGAACAGAUGAAACAAAAAGAACUCGUGAUGAGCAAGUUGUCCCAAUCGAUUGGGGAAUUAAAUCGCGUACAGCCACUUGCUGAAUAUCCUGUCCUUCAGGAUUGGAAUCGUUAUAUCGGAGCCGGAAUGCCAAUGUCGAUGUCAAACCAUGAAAUAGGUAUGAGCAGCUCAAGUGCAGGGGAGGAUAGUAUAGGAAGACACCGAAAUGACGAUAUUCAUCGUGCGCAAAGAUCAAUGAGCACACAACCCGUCAAACUCCAAUACCAACCUCCUGUACAAAUGCCGAUCUCACCUUCAUAUACAAUUUACCAAAAAACCCCUCCUAUCAUCCAGGUCGGUGCCAUGCAGAUGCAGCCCAAUCAAAAUAUGGGCCUACCACCUCCUGACCCGACAACUAUAUAUCCGAGCCCGGGCUUGCCUAAUGAAAUAGCGCAGAUGCGAAAGAACCUGGAAAUGAGCAAGAGUGAUUACAAUGAACGGACACGGCAUUUUAAAGAAACACUUGAGGAGUUUCGCAGCGAAUUAGAAGGCUUGAAACGCGAAGAUAGGAUUACCGAAAUUGAUCGAGCUCAUUUCUCGAAACCCGGCCGAGAUCGAGGCGACACUCUGCGAAUGAGUUCCACCGGGCCGACGAGGAGACGUGUCGAUACUUUUGACGAUUUG